AUGUCUACGGCUCCGAAAAGUGACGCUCCGUCGGAAACUAUAUUUGGUGGUGCCGAGGGACCUGAUGCCAUGUAUGUUAAGUUGGUUUCCUCGGAUGAGCACGAGUUCUAUGUCAAGCGUGAGUAUGCCUUGACGAGCGGGAUUAUCAAGGCAAUGUUAUCAGGACCAGGUCAGUUUCAGGAAAACGAAACUAAUGUUGUUCAUUUUCGCGAGAUUCCUUCUCACGUGCUACAGAAGGUUUGCAGUUAUUUCGCCUAUAAGGUUCGCUACAGCAAUUCUUCUUCGGAGAUUCCUGAGUUUCCCAUUGCUCCCGAGAUCAGUCUUGAAUUGUUGAUGGCGGCCAAUUUCCUAGACUGCUAA